CCAAACUACGAGUCCAAACUACAGUGGUCUCGACAACGAUCCUCAACUUUCAAGUCGUUCUCCAUCCGUUUAUACGGUAUAUUAAACCACACAAUCCAUGUCUGUCGUCGAGGAAAAGUGGCAAUCGACAAAGCCUUCCUUGAGGGAGAGAAGUAAGUUCAUUUUUAACAACGAUUUUUUCAGCGAUGUAAAGUUCACCGUGCGAACGACGGAUGGCGGAAGUGAAAGCAUGCAAUUUAUUCCUGCUCACAAGUUAGUAUUGUCGAUCAGUAGUCCUGUGUUUGAAGCCAUGUUUUACGGUGAGUUAGCGGAGACUAGAGACUCUAUUGAACUGCCUGACUGUGACUACGAGUGUCUGCUGGAGUUGUUUCGUUUCAUGUACAGCGAUGAAGUCAACUUGAGCGGAAGUAAUGUCAUGGGUGUAUUGUACUUGGCGAAAAAAUACAUGGUGCCUUCGCUCGCUGAUAAAUGUACCGAAUAUCUCCUCAAAAACCUGGAUCCGUCCAAUGUUUUCAUCAUUCUACCAUUCGCUCAGAAAUAUGAAGAAAAAGAACUGGUGGAUCGAUGCUGGAAAGUGAUCGAUGACAAGAUGGAGGAAGUUGCGAAAUCAGAUGGAUUUGUUACAAUUGAGAGGAACUUACUCGAAACAGUGGUAAUCAGAGAUACACUGAAUAUUGAAGAGAUAGAUCUAUUCAAAGCCGUUGACAUGUGGGCCUCAAAAGAAUGUGAGAGACAAGGUUUGAGGGCGGAUGGCACAACCAAAAGAAGAAUUCUUGGAGAAGAAAUUGUCAAAGCAAUUCGCUUCCCAGUUAUAGAUCAAAAAGAUUUUGCCGACGUCGUGUUGGACAGUGACAUCCUAAACCUAGACGAAGUUAAGACCCUGGUCAAAUACCGAAGUUCGGUGCUUUGUCAUCCAUUAAGAUUCUCAGACAAGAUAAGAUCAUCUGUUCCUCGUGUCUGUGGAAAAACUCAACGUUGUUUCAGAUUCCAGUCCUUUAUUUCUCUUUCCAAAGAUGAUGCAUUUGAGAAAAUACACAUCAUUGAGUUUUCUGUGGACAGUGAGACUUUGUUACACGGGGUAUGUCUCAGUGGCGGUUACAGCGAGAAUCUGAUUGAGCUUAGCCUAUGGAACAACAAAGGUACACUACAUCGUGUAACUGGAACGUUUUCCGUCACCUUGUAUGAGGAAAAUUCAUUUCCGUUCUAUGCUAACCAAAUCUUAUUUCCCAAAAAUGUUGUUUUGAAGGAAAACACCACAUACCGCAUGGAGGCAAGAAUAAGUCAUCCAAGUUCAUGGUGUGGAGAAAAAAUUCACCACCAAGUUACUUGUUCAGGUGUAAAAUUUACAUUUAAGUCCAUUGUUGGUAAAGACUUUCCUGCAUUGCUAUUCUCUAAAUUACCCUGAAUAGAAGAAAUUACAACAGAAAGGAAUCUGGAUCUUUAUUUCCUUCGGAUUGAAGUGUGGACGUUUUGUAUUCUGCAGCAUACACCUUUAUUGAUAUCUGUCGGGCUAUACCAGCAACUAAACUACUCGCUACAUCUAGUUACAAGCUUGGCUUUUGUAGGUACGGUUGAGGAUCUAGAACGUUCCGUAACAUUACAACAGAUUCUAUUUAUAUGUUGACUCAGGGAUGACUCAGCAUGACACAGCUACUUCUAGAACAUUCUUGAAGGUCACACUACACGGAUCGUAUCCCAUAAUGUUAAUGAUCACAGGCCAUAGCUUUGUUUUAUAACAACCGAGGGUAGAUUAUUUAGAUGUACUUUGAAGUAAAGUGUUUACGAAAAUUGGGAAAGUAGAGGAAUAUUCUACUAAGAAAAAAAUGUUCCUCGCUUAUAGUAGUUGUAAAGAGAUAAAGUAAAUAGUCUAUAAAAGCGAGAAGAGAGGACUCUGCUAUCCACUAAGAUCUAUUCCUAUAUUUAGCAUCACAGUAAAGGGCUUUGGUCAGGGAAAACUUUGCUAUUCGGCUCCAUUCAGAUUAUCGCUCUGUAAAAUAACGUAAACAGAUUCAUUUUCCUUGAAAUGAUCUCCUCAAGAUUGAUAUAAGUUACAAUUUCUACAACGUUGUGACCCUUCAGUGGUAUAUGUUACUCAAGAAUCUUUCAGAGUGCACGUUCAUAUGCACAACUCAAAAUUUGUAGCAAGUGCUGUUGGCUUUUCAUUCAAGAGCUUUUCGAAACACAAAUAUGAUCGAAGGUGUAGAAUCAUAAUUUCAAGGAAGUUCAUCUUCUAAUCAUCAGUGGAUGGAAAAUUCCGACGUUAAACUAUAAAGAAAUAAUCGAGUCAAAUCAGGAGACCUUAAGCACCAUCUUCAUUUUAUCAAAUGUAUUGCAGUUGUAGUAAAAAAAAAAAACAAAACAAGCACCACUAAAAGUAGGAUUAUUUCUGUAAUCGAGUAUUACCCGCAUCGUCUGUGCAGUGAGUAUUACAACUUGAAAUUUUUCUCAUAUUCUUUAGGGAUGGUAUUUUUUAUAAAUCUUUUGCAAUUUUUAUUUUCACUACUGGUGGUAUUUUUUUUAUCUACUGCGUAGAUUAGUUGCAGGCAGGUUGCCGUUAUAUUGCAUACUUUACUGCAUGCGGUUCUCAACCAGUUGUUUGUCUAUAGAGCCUUGAUAAGAGGAAAUAAAAUUCUUUAUUCACGUCCAGGUUAUUUUUCCAGCUUCCUUGAGGCUAUCGUAAGGGUGUCAUGCCCUCCGUAAGAUGAAGUCGGACUCUCGUAUAAGCCUAUCAUAAAAAACCAAGACUUGUCAACACCCCUGUUCCAGAAAUGUCCAGAAGUCACGCGACGCUCGUCCAGCGCUGGGUGACAUCUGUUGAAGUCCUAAAUGUAAUAACUGUCCUAAAUGUAAUGAAGUCCUAAAUGUAAUAACUGUCCUAAAUGUAAUAACUGUCCUAAAUGUAAUGAAGUCCUAAAUGUAAUAAAGUCCUAAAUGUAAUAACAUUUAGUCCUAAAUGUAAUAAGCCUCCAAUGCAAUCGUUGAACUCCUUUAGUGCAUUGUUGUUAUGGCGGACAUCCACAUUGAGAUGUGAGAACUCGGCCAAUAUAUAGCCAUUUUGACCUCACGUUCGGUCAAUAACGCAUAUGAAUAUAUCUUAUGCAAACCCGUACAAAUCUGGCAAGGGAAGACAGUACAAAAAAUGCCCUUCUGAGCCCAGAAUUUGUCUAACGUAUAAGUCGGUGGACUUCUUUUUCCUUGUAAUUUGGUUCAUCAAGUGUUAACUUCAGCACUGAGGACAGAAGUAUUUCGUCGAAAUCUGUUACACUUAAGAGUCUGAGCCAAUGAUAUAAAGAGAGCUAUUGGUCAACGUUCUCAUUGCUUUUGCGUCCGUCAAUUUGAUGCCAAAAGCACAUCAGUAUCAGUAUAAGGUUUUGUAGCCAAUGUUUCUUAACCUACGUCUUUAGCAAAUAAAAAGACACUGAUUAAUAUCAGUGAGCCCGCAAUAUUCCAUGAAUAUUGGUCAGAGGAUUCUUUGGUGCAACAGCUGUCACUUUGACAUCUCAAUGUUAGCGCAGUUGCAACGAUUGCAUAGGAGGCUUAUUACAUUUAAGACCGAACGUUAUUACAUUUAGGGCUUUAUUACAUUUAGGACCAAAUGUUAUUAAAUUUAGGACUUUAUUACAUUUAGGACAGUUAUUACAUUUAGGACUUCAACAGACAUCCCCUAAAACAACUGCGUAGGGGACCACUACGUAUCAGAAAAACAGAAGCGUUGAUUUUGCCUCAAAAGAUGCGACAACACCAUGAAUGUUGCCGCUUACUGAAAAUUAAAUUUCUUCGAGAUCGAUUGUUUUGAAACGUAACAGCCGGCGAAGAAGGAAAAAACGUGCAAGUGUACAAUCAACACAACAGUACAAGAAUGACGUUGAGGAGAAUUCCGUGGAUUCUACAGCACCCCGUGCGUGUCAGGACAAAACAAUGACUUUUCAAUUUAAAUAAAAGGCAGUAAUGUUCAUAAGUGUUAAAAAAAUUCUCCCCUUGCUUAGAAGUAUUCCAAAGUCUUACCCCGCACUUGUUUUAUGAGUGUCCAAACUCACGCUAAACUUUCUGUAACUGUUUAUGGUGGAUUAUUACUUUAUCUUCGCGGUGACUUUCAUUACUAGAAAAAAAUUUCUCAACUCAUUUUGAAAGGAAAAAAUUUCGUUUAAAUUGAACCCGUCUUUUUGAGCCAAGUUAUUUCUUUGGAGCUAUUCUCUGUCGAACAAACAAACCCCUCGGAAAAAGGUAAAGGGGGUAAUUUUCUAAAGAAACUGUAGUGCUGCGUCGUUACGAAAGUUUAACAGGGUAAUUAAGUAUUAUCAGCUGAGUUGAUAAUGUAAGUUGGCCACCGUAAAGAGUUUCAGAGCGACGUUUCGAGCGUUAGCCCAUCGUCAGAGCGAAUGACGAAGGGCUGACGCUCGAAACGUCAGCUUUGAAACUUUCUACGGUGACCAAUUUACGUGAUCAACUCAGUUGAUAAUACUAAAUUACCCCCGGAAAAGGGUAUUGUUACUGUCGACACCCACUAAAAAUCUGUUAUUUUUCCAAAUUCGCACCCACGAUGGAAUGAGAGGGUGAUCAUUCUAGCAUAGUAACCCAAUAUGCAAAAAUGUCUUUGCAUUUAAUUCUAAUCACUUCUUAAGCAGAUGCUUGUCUGUAAUUGUCAUUUUUAUCACCAAAGAAGAAAACUUUUCAGUUGUCCAGCUUGCCUAAAUUUCUACGAUAUUACCCCGAUAUGUCUAUGGCUAAGAUGAAUUGGCAGACAAAAAAGCUCACCAUCAGAGAAAGGAGUGAGUUUAUUUUUAACAACGAUCUGUUUAGCGAUGUUAGGUUUGUUGUCUCGGGAGUAAUUGGCAAAUGUGAAAACAAGAAAAGUAUUCCUGCUCACAAGUUUGUGUUGUCAAUUAGUAGCCCUGUGUUUGAAGCCAUGUUUUACGGUGAGUUGGCGGAGACUAAAGACUCUAUUGAACUGCCUGACUGUGAUUACGAGAGUUUGUUGGAGUUUUUUCGUUACAUGUACAGCGAUGAAGUGGGUUUGAAUGGAGGUAAUGUGAUGGGAGUGUUUUAUUUGGCGAAGAAAUACAUGGUGCCUUCGCUGGCUGAUAAAUGUGCGCGACAUUUACGGCACAACUUAGAUGAAUCGAAUGUGUUCAGUGUUUUGAAAUUUGCACAGAAAUAUGAUGAGACGAACCUUGUGGAAAAUUGCUGGAAAGUGAUAGAUGAACGCACCGCAGAAGCUGUAAAAUCUCGGAAUCGAUUCUUGACAAUUGAAAGAUCCUUACUCGAAGCUUUAGUUGAAAGAGACUCGUUGAAUAUCAAUGAAGUGGAACUGUUUAAAGCCGUUGAUUUGUGGGCUAUAAAUGCCUGUAAAAAGCAGGGUUUAGUGGCGAAUGGAUCAACAAAGAGAACAAUUCUUGGAGAAAGAGUAGUCAAGGCAAUCCGCUUCCCUACGAUGAAGCAAGAAGAUUUCGCCCUGGUGGCACUCGACAGCAAAAUAUUAACAGCAGAAGAAAUUGUGAGUGUUAUCAAGCGUAUCAACUUAGUAUCAAGUGCCCUGUUGCUGUUUCCAGAAACGAAGAGAUCUGGUUUCGUCGGUGAAAUCCAGCGGUGCUGUAGGUUUGGUUCUGUCUCUCACAACAAAUGGAGUUAUGAGGGCUCUUCCAAAGACUGCGUGAAUCUUUGCGCUGACAGAGAGAUUACGUUACAUGGGCUUCGGCUCUUUGGAGAGGACCAAAAUAGCUACUGGGUUGAUAUGGAGAUCAAAAUUGCCAAGAACAAGUCCGUUCUGUUAUCAAAAGCAGGAUGGUUUAAAUCAGAGGCCUUGUCAAGCAAUUUUGGUCACUAUCAUGGAUUUGAGGUUUUUUUUGACGCUCCACUUGUGUUGAAAAAAAAUCAUUCAUACUCUGUGGAAGCUUUGAUCAUAGGUUCGGAUUCGAUGCAUGGAAAAAACGGUCACGAAAUAGUAAAAUUUUGCGGCGUAACGAUCACGUUUACAAAUAGUAAGUACUCUGGUAAUGGAACAAGCGUUAGUCGGGGUCAGUUCCCGGACAUAUUAUUUACCGUUUAA